UCGAUCGUUUGGAUCAGAUCUACACGAAAUUCCGCUUGUGGGUUAUUAGUGUUGAAUUUAUCGAAUUUUUUUUGAAGGUUCACUAACAUGGGUGCCUUAGAAAGCAAACGAUGGUCUGAAAUACCUCCAGAAACACCACAACCUGUAGAUAAGCGGAUCUCAAGACUUCAAAUUGCAGAUCCUCGUUCGCCAGUAGGAGAACAAAGGACACCAAUUCAACUUGAAACGUACGAAGAAUCGCCUCAGAACAGAGAACUGAGCGUUGAUCCGCGAUCGCCGAGUUUUACAAUCACCCGCACUCCAAUUUCUGUCCCCAUAGCGAGAGAGAGCAGUCGGGAAUCAAAGGAAAACGCUGAAAUUGAUCAUGGCGAGGAUGCAAACUCGGGCGUUCAAGAGGUAAACAUAACUGAUCAAGAUGAAGUGUUCGGAAACGAAAACGCUCAAGCUGAGGAGCCACUGUCGCCCGACAUCGAUCAGAUCAACAGAAUCCUGAGUGAUGUAUCCAUGACGCCUGUGUCACCCGGAGCUCCGCUUUCUAAGAAAGAUACAGCUCGCCUGUUAAAGAAGACUGCCAGCCCAUCCGAUUUCAAGAGAAAAAGGAGGCUUUCUGGUCGUCGACAAUCAGUCCCACAAAAGCUAUUCUCUGACAAAGUGGCACCAGAUCCCAGAUCUCCUCUGGCUCAGAGAAACUCCGUGGAAAUAACUGAAGCAGUUACAAAGGGGAACAGGCUCUCGUUUCGCGUACAGAAAAAGAAAAGGCUUAGCUUACAGGAAGGACUUUAUAUUGGAAAAGAAAAUUCCCACGCCCCUUUGGUGAUCAUGUAACUUAAUUUACAUUUUGAACUUUUAAUUUUAAAAAUUGGAAAUAAUUUUAAGAAACAGCAUUUAAAAAAGUUAUUCUAAGACUUUGUUUUGUUGGUGAAGACAUUCGUUGAAAUGAGACUUUUGUUAUCUUAAAAUUGAGUUGAAUAAUCUACCACUAACAGUAAAUUUAAAGGGAUGGACUAUCUCAUGAUCCAUCGAUCACGAUCAUCAAAACUUAGGAAGAUCUAUCACUUUUUAUAUUAUUUUGUAAAAAAGAAAGCCUUCCCCACUGCAAAGGGAACAUUGUAUACCGGCACUAUUGAUGAAACCAGUAAGUAACGAAACCUAAGUAAAGAUAGAAUGUAAAUUAAUCAGAAAACUUAAUUUCAAAGAAAUUUUAUGUGUUCACUUAUAUAAAACCACCAUUAAAUUUUUAAAUGGGUGUCUACUUUGAAAAUGAGCUAAACAAGAACUCAAAUGUGGGCAACACUUCCAAUUAACAUUUUUUUGCAUUUGCAAUGUACAGGUUAAAUAAGAAUAAGAUUCAUGAUACAACAUGCAUGUAACUUCUGGAUGAUGUAAAUAUUAGUUACUAUGUUGAGGAAUUAAAGCCCGUUUUGGUUAUUGCUUUA